AGAGCAGAAAUCAUCCCAGGGGCUCCGGGGAGCUGGAGUGGGAGGGCACACAUUUACACAGGCAGCCACAAAGCUGAAUGAGCCUCCCCCACCCCCUCCUGCCUACUGCUGCAUGAAAGGCACAGCUCACCCAGCCAGUUGUACAGGAGCAAAACACAUCCCUCCAGAGUGGUGCCCAGAAUCCUGGCAGAUCUGCACUGCCCGCAAUGUAUGGUGUGUGUGGUUGCUGCGGAGCUUUGCGUCCUCGUUAUAAGAGACUCGUUGAUAACAUUUUCCCAGAAGACCAUGAGGAUGGACUUGUUAAAGCCAACAUGGAGAAGCUGACGUUUUACGCCCUGUCGGCUCCAGAGAAAUUGGACCGUAUCGGCGCCUAUCUGUCAGAGAGGCUGAGCAGGGAUGUUGCCAGGCACCGCUAUGGCCAUGUGUGCAUUGCCAUGGAAGCCCUGGACCAGCUGCUGAUGGCCUGUCACUGCCAGAGCAUUAACCUGUUUGUGGAAAGCUUCUUGAAGAUGGUAGCCAAACUUCUGGAGUCAGAGAAGCCAAACCUUCAGAUUCUGGGCACAAACUCUUUUGUGAAGUUUGCAAAUAUAGAAGAGGACACGCCUUCUUACCACAGGAGCUAUGACUUCUUUGUGUCGCGCUUCAGCGAGAUGUGUCACUCCAGCCAUGAUGAUAUAGAGAUCAAGACUAAGAUUCGGAUGGCCGGAAUCAAAGGGUUGCAGGGAGUUGUCAGAAAGACAGUUAAUGACGAACUUCAGGCAAAUAUAUGGGAUCCACAACAUAUGGACAAGAUUGUGCCGUCCCUGCUCUAUAAUCUUCAGCACGUGGAGGAGACAGAAAGCCGUUCACCAUCUCCACUGCAGACUACAGAAAAAGAGAAGGAAAACCCGGCAGAGCUUGCAGAAAGAUGCCUGAGAGAGCUACUGGGGAGAGCAGCUUAUGGAAACAUAAAAAACGCAAUCAAGCCUGUUCUGAUGCAUUUAGAUAACCAUUCACUGUGGGAGCCAAAUAUCUUUGCUGUCAGAUGCUUUAAGAUCAUCAUGUACUCAAUACAGCCACAGCACUCACACCUUGUGAUACAGCAGCUUCUAGGGCACCUGGAUGCUAACAGCAAAAGUGCUGCUACGGUGCGCGCGGGGAUCGUAGAAGUACUCUCUGAGGCUGCUGUCAUUGCAGCUACUGGGUCUGUAGGUCCCACAGUGCUGGAAGUGUUUAACACUCUGUUAAGACAACUCCGGCUGAGCAUUGACUAUGAGCUGACCGGCAGCUAUGACUCCGCUAUAAACAUCGGCACGAAAAUUAUCAAGGAGCAUGAGGAGAGAAAGUUCCAAGAGGCAGUCAUCAAGACAAUAGGUUCCUUUGCCAGCACCCUGCCUACCUACCAGCGAUCUGAAGUUAUGCUUUUUAUCAUGAGCAAAGUGCCAAUUCCCUCAUUACAUCACCCUCCUGAUGCACUGAAAUCUGGAGACAACAGAAAUCGUCUAAUCCAGAUAAUGCUCUUAAAGUCCCUCCUUCAGGUGUCCAUGGUAUUUCAGUGCAGCAAUAUGCUUACCGCCCUGCCCAGCUCAUUUCUAGACCCGUUACUCUCCCCGGUAUUGAUGGAUGAUGAUGAAAUCCGCCUCUUUGUCUUGGAGAUUCUUAUCUGCCUCAUGGAUCGCCAUGAAAACAGGCACAAAUUCUCAAGUAUCAGUACUGUACCUGAUAUCGCUGUGUUCAAUCUCAAAGUCGACAAGUGUUCAAGACCGGACACUCUCUUUAUGAAGAAGCAUUCUCAGCAAUUAUAUAGACAUAUCUACCUGAGCUGCGGAGACCCAGGUAACAUGCAAGCGCAUUAUACAGCUCUGUAUGGCUUGUUGGUGAUGAUAAGCGUUGAACUCGCUACUGAAGAAGUGGUUGUUGAUCUUAUACGCCUCGUAUUAGCAGUACAGGAGCUGGCUCUGAACAAUGAGGAUAACCUCCCUGGAUAUAAUCGCUGUUCCCUGCAUGCCCUUUGUGCUGCCUACCUGAACCUUAUCAGUCAGCUCACCACGGUGCCCGCCUUCUGCCAACACAUUCAUGAGGUGAUAGAAAUGAGAAAGAAAAAUGCUCCUUAUCUACUCCCAGAGGAUGUGUUCAAUGAGAAACCAAGGUGGUCAAAGAAUGUGGAUUACUUAGAUACAGAGCUCCUGUUUUUGCAGAGUAAAAUCAGUGAGGUUCUAGGUGGAAGUGGUUACAACUCAGACAGGCUAAGCACGCCGUAUGUGCCCCAACUAACAGAUGAAGAUCGUUUGUCAAAGAGGAAGAGCAUAGGUGAAACAAUAUCUCUGCAGGUAGAAGUGGAAUCACGGAACAGUCCAGAAAAAGAGGAGAGAGCACCCGCAGAAGAGAUUACAUUUGAAACUUUGAAGAACGCCAUUGUAGACAGUGUUGCUGUAGAAGAGCAGGAGCGAGAGAGGCGGCGCCAGGUGGUGGAAAAGUUCCAGAAAGCUCCAUUUGAAGAAAUUGCAGCCCACUGCGGAGCCAGGGCAACAUUGUUGCAGAGUAAACUCAACCAAAUCUUUGAACUGACAAUCCGACCCCCUCCCAGCCCAUCUGGUACCAUCACAGCCGCAUACGGUCAGCCACAGAGCCAUUCCAUCCCUGUGUAUGAGAUGAAGUUCCCUGAUCUCUGCGUCUACUGACAUGAAGUACACCCUUCCUGCAAAGCAAGCACUGACAAUAGAAAUACUAAGCAUACUUUAUUUUAAGUAUUCUCCCACCGGGAGAAUAAAGUGCAAGAUCUUUCCUUAGUGUUUCUUCCAUCAAGUAAGAGAAUUAAUCCUAACAUUGCAGGUUCCAUAGAACUUUUAAAAAGGCUGCAGGUGAUGUUAAUAAAUAUUAGAAUGUAGGUUGCGCUGGAUGCGGCAAAUGUUCUCACAGCACUGUAUAUUAUAUGAAUUUAGUUUUAUGAAUAGAUACAAGGCCAGAACAGAAUCUAUUAGGAGACUUGUACAUAUAUUUAUUCCACUCUUCAGCCAGGAUAUAUUUUAUAGUUGUAACAUGAUGACUCUUAUUCGAAGGACAAUGAACUUGUACAUUUUCUAUCACUUGUUUCAUGUUGUAAACAUAGAAAAAAUGUUUUGUUUUUUAUUUUGCAUGUAAACUUAGUGCUAUCAAACCUAGCUUAUGUCCAGUUAGCAGAAGUGGUUCAAACCCCCACUCUUCCACUUUUUUGGCAAAGAGGUGUCAUCUUUUCCAACCAAUCGAGAGUGAUACAAGUGUAUUGUGUACAGAGAUUGUAUGAAGUCAAGCCUCUUAAUGAACAGUUGCUUAAAAUAGCCAAAUUCUGCCAAAUAAAAUAGAAUUUUAAUAAA